AUGGAUAGGAGAUUACUGUUGCUGGAGGAGGAGAUUAAGAGGAUUGAUAACCAGGUGAGUGAUGGCACUUAUGAUGGAACGACAGAAGCUAGAAGGAAGGCGUUGGUGAGCUUUUGUGAAAAGUGGUAUGCUCGGAAGGAGAUUCACUGGAAGCAGAUGUCUAGGUCGCAGCAUGCUAGGAACAUGGAUAGGAAUACUAGAUACUUCCAUAACAUCGCCUCGGCAAGAAGAAGGAAUAACAGGAUCGACGCUCUAAGGAUUCAUGGCCGGAUUGUGCGAAAUCAAUCUAGGAUAAAGGUUGCAGUUAGAGGGUUCUAUAAGGACUUGUAUCGGCAAGAAUAUGUUCUGAGAAUUGGGUUUCGGGAGGGUUUGGUGAGGCAGAUUGAUGGAGUUGAGGCUGAGGCCUUGGAAGUUAUGCCGUCGGUGGAGAAAAUUAGGGAGGCAGUUUCAGACUGUGAAUCUUCUAAAGCCCCAGGUAGCGACGGGUUCAAUAUGAACUUCAUCAAACAAUGUUGGGAAGAGAUUGGUCAGGAGUUCACUGCAGCAGUGAUGGGGUUCUUCCAAAGUGUGAAGCUACCAACUGAUGCGAAUGUCACGUAG